CAGAGUUUCUAAUUGCGCCGUACGUAGGACAGCUUCAUUCGUUGAUUCGCGCAGACUCUAAACUCCCGUAGUUUUAGGGACUUUAAUUAUAUCUCACUAUUUAUCUCAAAGAUGGAAAAAUGUUUCAUUGCACUGGUAGCAUUAGUAGUCACUGUUUUCCAAGGUUCCUUGGCUACUUCCUGCAGUAAUAAUGAGAGAAGGUGCUAUAAAACAAGGCCAGGCACAUGUUUACCAAUUGAAACACUAGUGUGCUAUAACCCUAAUGAUGAGUUGUGCUGUUGUGGUGUACUAUAUGUUGCAGAAAGCAACAUUGAAUGCUGCAACAACUCAACCUAUGAUGUUACUACCCACAAAUGCUGUGGAGGACAACUACAAGAUGUCAAUUCUGUUGAUGAGUGUUGUUUUGAUUACUAUGGUGAUACUGGUUCUUUUUACAAUCCUAACACACACCAAUGUUGUGCCAACAUAGUAGUGGAAAAACAAAAAGAUUUUGAAUGCUGUGGGGUUUCUACAUACAACACAAAAUUGCAAACUUGCUGUAGAAUUGGCAGUAAACUCAAGGCAGUGGAGGGCCCUGGUGGAAGCUGCUGUGGCAAUAUUUCUUACAAUCCAGCCGACCAGAUGUGUUGUUCUGAUCCCAAUAACAAUACAAGAUUACAUACAGUUCCAAAACAAGAACAAAUACAUAGACAAUGUUGCUAUUUGGAAGAGUACAAUAUGGAUGAUGAGCUCUGCUGCAAUGGGAUAGUAAUUCAGAAAGAUCGAAACUCAAGAGAAGGAUGUUGUGGAUCAAGCAAAUACAAUGAAAACCUACAAAUAUGCUGUGAAGACAAGAUUGUAUCAAACUCAAAUGGUAGAACUGCAUGCUGUGGUAAAAUGUCUUACAACCAACAGACUGAAACUUGCUGUGGCAAUCAAAUUUUUUCCAUACCUGAUGGUGAAUGUUGCCGUGGUGAAGCAUAUAAUCCUAGACAGGCGUCAUGUUGUGUUGCAUCAACAAAGUCAUCACUAUCGUCUCAUAUCAAUCACUACUUACCAUCAAUAGAUGGCACUACACGAUGCUGUGGUUUAGAGUCUUAUCUCAACAAUGAACAACUAUGUUGUGCUGCUACAAAGCUUCACAACAAAGCUCCAUUUAUACAAUGUUGCGGUGAAGAUACAUACAACAUCAGCACAGAAAUCUGUUGCAAUGGAACAAAGUAUACAAAGACAUUGGAUUUUCUGGGGUGUUGUGGAAAUACCCCUUACAACAUGAAUGAAACGUUCUGCUGUGGUCAUUCACAACAACCGUUUUCAUUGAAUGAUGGUGAUGCUUGUUGUCAAGUUAACAGCAGUCAUGGAAUAAUUAUUAAACCUUAUCAUUCUGAUCAGGAAAUAUGCUGUGAUGGCACACUAGAGAGUCAAGAAAUAGAUAAACCCAAAAAAUGCUGUGGUUCAUACGUAAUUGACAAUCAUAGGACAAUAUGUAUGGACAAUGCAUAUCCUAUUGUGAAAAUACAUACCAAAGAUAAUAGGGUGUGUCCUGUAAGAUAUGGCCAGUAUGAGAAUGCACAGACCUAUAACGAUAGAUUUCAGGUCUGCCGUGAUGGUGCUCUCAGAAACAUACAACCAGAAGAUAAGAGAUGUGGAGCAGAUGUCUACAACCCAAAAAAUAAAAUCUGCUGCCAUGAAAGUUUGACGAUUCAUGAUAGAUUUGAUGAUGAUAAGCAUGAAAGGGUUUGUUGUAGUCCAAAUCAAGUAUUUACGCCAGAGCAUGAAGUCUGCUGUCAUGGCAAAGUAACUGGUCCGAUUGAACAAGCUAAUCAACACGGCAGUUGUUGUAAUGGAAGGGAUGGCUUUGACACGCGUACUCACAUUUGUGUAAGAAGAACUGGUUUGAUAGCCAAAGAUAAAUAUCAUUCGUUUUUAGAUGUGUGUGGAAAUAAUAAUUUCUAUGAUACACGGACUCAGAAAUGCUGUAAAAAUGGAGAGAUUUAUGGAGACGGACAAACUUGUUGUCAUCGCCGUGUCUACACUACACCAGGAACAACCAUAGACAGUGGUGAAUGUUGUGGAAUCAAUAAUAUUGGUUACAAUCCCAAUACUCAUAUUUGCUGUGGUAGAGAGGUGUUUCCUAAAAAUGGAACAGAGCUUUCAUGUUGUGAAGGUCAAUACUCCUAUCGAGUAUAUGAUGAAAACUACAUGAUUUGCUGUGAUGGUGUGCUGCAUGGUAGGAAGUAUGGCACUAACCAAGUUUGCCAGGGUACUAUGGCAUACACACCAAAUCAACAAACAAUAUGUGAUGGUCAGAUAUAUCCAUACCCAUAUGCCAAUUGUUGUGCUAGUCAGAUGUAUAACCCUGAUAAAGAACUGUGCUGUGAAGGACAGGUUUACCAAAAGAAAAAUGAUGGAGAGUGUUGUGGAAAUCUAGUGUAUCGCCCUUCAGAUCCAACGCAGCAUUGCUGCAAUAACAGACUCAAUAUUGGCUCUCAAGAGUUAAAAUGUUGUGGUAAUUUUCUAAUCAACUCCACGAUGCAAGAAUGCUGUAUGCCACAAGAUGAUCCAGAUUGGGCACAUGCUUAUCCACGAAAACAUGGACACAAAUGUUGCAACCACAUCUAUCAUGAUCCUGACAAGCAUACAUGUUGUGGUUCACACAUGAUAACUGAUCAUGAUAACUACAUGUGUUGUGACAUGGAAAAAAGAUGGAAGCGGUUCGGUGAAGCCUCUCAGUGUUGUGGUUUUCAAGUGAUUGAUUCUAGCAGAAAAUCUUGCUGCAAUGGGGAUAUAAUAAUUGACAACAAUUACGAAGAAUGCUGUGAUGGUCAAAGAAUUCAUAAGGAUGAGUACAAAUGCUGCAACAAUAGUAGACUCUGUAUCAAGGACUACAACCAAAUGUGCUGUAAUGAUGUGCUUUAUGAUCCUGAUGUACAUCAGUGUCGCAACAGUAUGCUGUAUGAACGCCUGACUAUGCAGUUAUGUAAUCAGCAACCAUAUGAUACCUCCAAAGAAGGAUGCUGUGGUGGAAAGAUCUAUAAACUAGAUGACGAAACAAUGGGAUGCUGUAACAAUGAAAAGCAAUUUAAUAUACACAUUGAUACCUGUCUACAGAAUCAAGUUGUACCAAAGAAGGAAGUCAAGCAAUGCAAUGGUACUCUGUUUUGGAUUAAUACACAUCUCUGUUGUGGUAUGGAACUUCACCCAAAGAACAAUUCACAGUGCUGUUCAAACACUAUAUUCGAUUCAAGGAGUCAGACAUGCUGCGACAAGACCAUCCUUAAUUUGAAUGACUCAACCCAUGCAUGUUGUUCAGGCAGAGUGUACAAUCCCAAACGCAAGAUUUGUUGCAGUAACAAAUUAACUCGUAUAAAGGAUGGUAUGACUGAGUGCUGCAAGAGAAGCAGCUACAACCCAGAAACUCAUAUCUGCUGCAGAAACAGACUUAAGUUGAAAACAGAGAAUAUAGGAUGCUGUGGAGACAAACUUUACAACACCACAAAAUAUGUUUGCUGCAAUCAAAAGCUAAAUCGAUUAAUGUCCAGAGAAGACCACAAAAUGAGAUGUUGUGGAAGAGGCAUAUAUGAUCCUACCAGAGAAACCUGCUGCAAGGGCAAGGACAUCAAUAUUAAUGAGAAGUGUUGUGGAGAUGAUGAGAAGUACAAUAAAAUGACUGGUGGAUGUGACAGUCGCCCAGAGAAGGUGCCAAUUGAUAAAAAUUCGUGUCCAGCGUCUGGGCCUAACAUCAUUCCCAAAUGGACAACACUAAUAUGGGGCAAAGUGGAGAAAAAGUGUGAAGAAGGGAAGGACCUGAACAUCAACAUUACCUUUGACACUCAAAGCAUUGUGAAUUUGACUAAUAAAACUGUUCAAAGUGAGACAGCGGCCAGUAUAAAAAUAGUACUGCCACUGAAAAAAUCAGUGAGCAUUGUGGUGGGAGAGUUUUAUCUCAUAUGCAGUGAGAAUCAGAUCAAAGAGGGGGUACUACAAUUCAAAUCAUCAGAUUUCAUCAAGAGUCAUGUAAAAACAGACGAGAAUUAUUGA